AUGCUGACCGAGGACGGAGAGCAAGAUCUCUCCCACCAACCACUCCUCCCCGCCGUCUCGUCCGACCACGAUGCGGUCCAUGCGCCCGAACUGAGGUAUGUAGGGGGCUGGUUUAUCUGGGCCCUCACCUUCUCCGCCGGGAUCAGCGGGCUUUUGUUUGGCUAUGACACGGGCGUGAUCUCGUCGACCUUGGUGACCGUGGGCUCCGACCUCUCAGGUCGCGACCUCACCACCCUGGACAAGAGUCUCAUCACUUCAUGUACCAGCCUAUUUGCACUCUUCGCGAGCCCCCUGACGGGGAUUCUGGCCGAUAAAUUCGGCCGGCGCAAGGUCAUUCUCGGCGCGGAUGCUUUGUUUGCGCUCGGAGCUUUGAUCCAGGCGGUUACGAGUCAUGUCGGGGGCAUGAUUCUUGGUCGGAGUAUUGUUGGUCUUGCGGUUGGUAGUGCUAGUGCCGUGACUCCGCUAUAUAUCUCCGAGCUGGCACCAUCCCACGUUAGAGGACGGCUGGUGACCAUUAUGUGCUUGCUCAUCACCGGCGGCCAAGUCGUGGCAUAUACUAUCGGCUGGCUCUUCUCCGCCAUGCCCGGCGGCUGGCGCUGGAUAGUCGGCCUUGGGGCACUGCCUGCAUUACUGCAAUUUGCAAUCCUCGUGUUUCUCCCCGAGACGCCUCGGUGGCUUGUCCAAGCCGGAUUCGACACCCGCGCACAGAAUGUCUUGGCUCGGAUCUACCGAAACUGCGACGACAGUGACCGCGUCGUGGAAAGAGUCAUGCGCAAUAUUCGCGGAGAGAUUGUUCAAGAGGCCUUCGAGCUCGGGCAGAACAAAGCCCACGGCUCGAAACCGCAGUGGCUCCAGGAUACCAUGGAGCGUGCUGGCGACUUGCUCCGUAAUGGCGGCAACCGCAGAGCGCUGACGAUCGCCAUGAUGCUGCAGGGACUGCAGCAGCUCUGUGGGUUCAACAGUUUGAUGUACUUUUCCGCCACCAUCUUCGAUGAUUUAAACUUCGCUUCGCCGACAUUGAUUGCGCUCUCGGUCGCGGGGACGAAUUUCCUCGGCACGCUUGUCGCAUUUGUCUUGAUCGACCGAAUUGGCCGUCGACGCAUUUUGCUGUAUUCCAUCCCCGUGAUGGCUCUUGCCUUGUUCGGCUGCGCUAUUGCAUACUUUUCACUCAACUCCUCCUCGCUGGACGGGCGUGAUGAUCCAGACACAUCCAGUUUAUUCUUCCCCGUUUCGAUCAUUGUCUUCAUGGUCAUCUACACCGCUGCUUAUGCCUUGGGUCUCGGCAAUGUCCCCUGGCAACAGUCCGAGUUGUUUCCUCUGAAUGUGCGGUCCUUGGGCUCGGCGUUGGCGACAGGGACGAACUGGGGCUCGAAUUUUAUUGUUGGCCUCACCUUCUUGCCCAUGAUGCAAUGGAUUUCCCCAGGGUGGACGUUUACAAGCUAUGCGCUUGUCUGUACGCUGGGAUGGUUCGCUGUGCGAGCCAUCUACCCGGAGAUGAGUGGGCUCGGCUUGGAAGAAGUGAAGGGUCUGUUGGCACACGGUUGGGGAGUGCAGGAGAGUCUUCGGCGUCGACAUACUUUGUCAGACGAAUAG